AUGUUGCUUCCUAAUGAGCGGAUGACGAUUAAAGAAAGAAAACAUGAUUAUCUUUAUGAUCCAUUAUACAGCCUUUCAAGUGCAGCUGACCAUGAAAGGAUUGCAUCUAAAGAUCAUUCAGGCAUAUCGAAAAUGCAAAAGUUGUUCUCCUUUCAGAAUUUGUUCAGCGAAAUACCUAUAUAUCGUCCUUAUGUAUGGCGACUUAACCCAAGUGACCCCGUUUCUAUGUUUGUGUCUAGAUAUUUCCACCAUGUAGAUGUGUGCAAAAAGUUAAUCCAAAUUCAGCUUAGAAAAGACAAAGGUCCAAUGAUUGGCCAUGUGUUUGAGGGUAUGAAUCGGUCGAAAUAUUUCACCCAUCACACAUUAUCUCUUUGUCCAUAUCCUUCAGGAGAUCCGAAAAGUCUGGAUAUUACGUUGGACUCUUUAGUAGAGAGUCAAAAUAUUACCAACAUAGAUCUAAGGCCGAAACCACCUGUCUAUGUAUCGCGUUGUGUACAGACAAUAUAUCGUGAUUCGGAGGCGCAAACUGACCCAUAUUCUCCAUCGUAUGUCGUCAAUAUAGGAGAAAACCUUCAAACAUUGAAAUUAACCUCGUUGAGUUAUGGAUAUGGACUUCCAGUCGGAUUAUUUGAUGUUGAAAGAAUUGAGCGUGCAAGAAAAAGAGAAGAAGUUGAAGCAACUCUACAGCCGUAUAAAGAUAUUACAAAUAAUGUGGUACAAAUUGCCAAACGACGUAAAAUUUUGGAAGUUUUAGAAAAUCGUGAAUGGUACUUCAGAGAAAGAGAGGUUGAGGCAAUGCUAGAAGUUCGACUAACUGUAAUUGUUCAACUUUUACGUAGACGUGAACAACGUAAACAAGAAGUUAUAUCUAGGCGAUUAGAUCAAAAAUGGAGUGAAUGUUGUGCUCAAAAUGAAACAAAAUACAGAGUUUUAAAAUAUCGUUAUAUUGGAGAAAUACGCAAAUUAUUGAAACUUCGGUUAGCUGCUAAAGAAUCUAAAUUUAAACGUGAUAUAAUAAUCGAUUAUGCUAAACCAUCGUCUCAAGUGUUUGCUCCACUAACGCGACUUGGUGUAUUUCCAGAUCGUAGUUCUGAACGUUAUGUUGUAAAAAAUAUAUAUUCAUCGCGUUUUGAAGGUCUACUUACUUUAGAAGCCAGUUUGCCUCGAUUUGUAUUCCGACCAAGAAUUGGAUUACAACAACCAAUAGUACACACAAAAGAUGGGUUUUUAAAGCGUAAAUAUCGCCAUCAAAAAGAAUUAGCUGAAUUACACGAUUAUUUGCAAAAAAACCCAGUAAGUGAAGCAAAUACCGCUCUAAGAAAACCACGAUUUUUACAAAAGAUUGAAAAACCUAUGUCACGUCCAAUAACACCAGAUUAUAUAACAAUAAAAAGCGAAGAAUCUGAGAAACACGAAGUAGCUGUAAUUAUGUUGCAGCAAUUAAUACGUGGGCGUGCAAUUCAGACUGAAAUGUAUGAAGGUAAAGGAAAAUAUAGUGAAUUAAUUGCUGAGUCAAGGUCAACGCAUGCUUUGUUAGAAGAUGAACAAGCUCAAAAAAAACGUGAAAAAUUAAAAAUUUUAACGAAACAGGAAGACUUCAGUCAUCUUUUACAUCAAGAGCGCCUAAUGGAAAAUAUCUUAGGACAGUUUGAAUGUGCUAGUUUAGCUAAUAUGCUAGAUUUCUUAAGUAAAGAAUUGGAUCGUCUAAUUGAAGAGCGACGUAUACAUGCAUUAGUACUAAUAGCAGAACGUCAACGUCGUAUACGAGAAGCGGAAGAAAGCGGUACACGUCAAAAAGAAGAGCGCAGAAGGAGGGAACAAGAUGAAAUUUUCAAACAGCUUGUUAAGGUACAUGAAGAAACAGUUGAUAGUUAUCUGAAAAAUAUUGCUGACUUAGCUGUAAAUAGUGCUGCUGAUUACUUAGCUAAGGAGGAAAUUUCGACAUUAGCUCAAAAAAUUGAACAUGAUAAUCUCUAUGAAUUAAAUCGUGGUGAAUUAAAAACAAAUGAAUUAGCUGCUGAAUUAAUACAUAAUUUUUUAAUACCGUUUGUAAACAAACGUUCGUAUGAGUUACAAAUGGAGCGACGGAAACGCAAAUAUUUAGAUGGUGCACAUAGUGAAAUAUGGGGUCCAUCACACGAUGCUGCUGGAAAUGUAUCUGACUCAACUGAUCUACAAUUAAAACAUCAAGAUACAACAACCUUGACACCAAAUGGCUGGUGGUGA